GAACAUCUAUUCAGGGUUAGGGUUAGGGUUAGGGGUGAUCAGUGAUAUGAAUCUAUCAAGUCUAUUAUUAGAGAGUGAUACAAACUUUUCAGCACAUUUACAUGAGAAAAAGAGUAGAAUUAUGAAUAUAGUAGGAUCUAUUUUUAAUCAUAUUAAAACAUCGAAUAUUGAAGAAGGAGAAAUGGAAAGAAUGAAAAACUACGCAGCGAAGCUAUCGUCAGAAUUGACCAUAGCAAGAUCAUAUAUUGAGCAAUUGAAGAUAGAAAGGGAGAAUUCAGAGAAGAAAUUGGAAGAUAUGAUAUAUGAGAUAGUAUUAUUAGAAAAACAAAUAGAUAGAGAAAGGAAUUAUAGGGAAACCAAGGAAAAAAUGAAUAAAAAGAGGAUAAAAGAAGAGGAGAAUGAGGAAGAUAAAGAGAUAAAAAAGGAAGAAAUGGGAGGAAAGAAAGGAAUGGAAGAAAAUAUAUCGAAAGAAGAGGAGGAGGAGGAGAAGGAGGAGGAGGAGAAGAAGAAGAAGGAUAAUGAAAUAAGAAUAAAAGAAAUGGAAGUGAUUAAUGAAAAGAGAUUAUUAGAAAUCAACAAGUUAAAUCAAGAAAAAAAAGAAUUACGAGAAGAAUUGAUGGAAAUUCAACUUAAGUUAAAGAAUCCAACAGAGGAAGAAAUAGUGAAUUCAGAAGUAUAUUAUAAUUUAAGAAAUAAAUAUGAAUUAUGUGCAGCGAAAAUUAAAGAAAUUGAACCGGGAUAUGAAAGAAUUAAUAAAGAAAUAGAGAAAUUAAGAUCAGAAAGGAUAGAAUUUAAGGAAGAAAUUCUUAAUGAACAAGAAAAAGUGAUUAAUGAUAUGAAAGAACAAUUGAGUAAAGUAGAGCAAGAUCUUGCACGAGUUAGAACAGUAAGAGAUGAGCUUUUAUCACAACUUAAUGUAAAAAAAGCUACGGAAUUAGAAAAUUCAACAGUAAAAAAAGAACUUAUGGAACUUUUAGAAACUCGUAAUACAAGAAUUAGUGCACUAGAGGAGCAAGUUGAACGAUUAAAUAAACAAAUGGAAGAAAAAUAUGAAAUAGAAAAAGAUAUAAAAUCGGAAAAAUCUAAAGAAGAGCUUUUAAAGCAAAAUGAGCGUUUAGAAAAGCAAAAUAAAAGUUUAAGUUCAGAACUUUUAACGUUAGAACAUGCUUUUAAUAAGGCACAUCAUCAAAGUUCUUUAAAGAUUAAUGAAAUUAUAGCAAAAGAGGAUAAAUUUUAUCGUUUAAACGCAGAUAAAGCUAAAGCUGAUCAAAAAUAUUUUGAUGCUAUGAAAGCUAAAGAUAAAUUAACAAUUGAAAAUAAAACAUUAAAACAACAAAAUUCUAAAGCGGGUGAUAUUAUUAUUAAACUACAGGAAGCAGAAAAGAUUACAAUGCAAAAAUUAAUAAUUUUAGAAAAACAAAUAGCCAUUUUAAGACCAGCUAACGAAUCUCUUAUUUCAAAAGUUCAUGAACUUCAAUUGAAAAUUGAAGAAAAAGAUCAUAAUAUAAAAAAAAUUGGACAACAAAUUUCUAUGCUAAAACAACGAUUAAUAGAACAAGAAAAUAUUACUAGUACAGAAACGAAUUCUAAAAGAAUUGCAGAGGAAAAAGUCGAAAAACUUAAAAUACAAAUUCAGAGAAAUAAAAACCAAAAUACAGUUAAUGGAGAUAUAGACGAAUUAAAAAUAUAUAAAAGCAUGGCUAAAUGUUCAGUAUGUGAAACUAAAUGGAAAAAUACAGCAAUAUCUUUGUGUGGACAUAUAUUUUGUAAAGAAUGUAUAAAUAAACGCAUAGAAACUCGACAACGUCGUUGCCCUUCAUGUAAUCGGGGUUUUGGUAUUGGAGAUAUACUUCAAGUUCAUUUAUAAAUGUAUUAUUAAUGUUUAUCAAUGUUAGGAUAUGUAAGAAAUCU